CUUUAGUUUGCUCGAGCAGGAAGAUUUGACUGAAGAUAUCCUGAAACUGGAACCCAGGCUGGUCUGUUUGCCAGCCUGUGCUUCACAGCUGUCAACCUCAGCUGCAAGUGGCAGCUACUGUGAGUAGCUUCUGUGCAUUAUGAAGAAUUUUUCAUUUCCGAUGCAGGAUAACACACAUCAGACCGAGAGUCCUCCUCCUCACAGAUUCCUGAGUUUGACAAAUCGGUCAGAUCCUAUUGGAAGACCAGAAAGAGAUGAGCAAUUAGCUCAAGUAGAGAUUGCUGUACUGGGGGUCAUAUUUCUGACAGCGUCUGUGGGCAAUUUCAUUCUCAUACUGGUGCUGUGGCGAAGAAGAAAGAAGCUGUCUAGGAUGUAUGUGUUCAUGCUUCACCUCAGCAUUGCUGACUUAGUGGUAGCCUUUUUCCAAGUGCUGCCUCAACUCAUAUGGGAUAUUACAGAUGUUUUCAUAGGGCCAGAUUUCUUGUGCAGAAUUAUCAAGUAUCUACAACUGCUGGGCAUGUUUGCCUCUACUUAUAUGAUAGUGGUCAUGACAGUGGACAGAUAUCAAGCUGUUUGCUACCCUAUGGUCACUUUCCAGAAGAAGAGAGCUCUCUGGAAUAUCCCCAUUUGCAGCAGCUGGUCUAUAGCACUGAUUCUUAGCCUACCACAGGUAUUUAUCUUUUCUAAGACUGAAAUAUCUCCAGGUGUCUUUGAAUGUUGGGGUGAAUUUAUUCAGCCUUGGGGCCCAAGGGCAUAUGUGACUUGGAUUUUUGUAGUUAUAUUCUUCAUUCCCUCAGCAAUCCUUAUCACAUGCCAGGUCAAGAUUUGCAAAAUAAUAAGAAGAAAUAUAAAUGUGAAAAAACAGAAUGAAUGUGAAGCAACAAAUCAGAAUCAAGUCCUGCCAUCCCGAGCAAGCAGUGUGAACUGUAUUUCAAAGGCUAUGAUCAAGACAGUAAAAAUGACAGUGGUGACAGUUGUUGCCUAUGUUCUCUGUUGGUCACCUUUCUUCAUUGCCCAGCUGUGGUCUGUGUGGUUCCCCAGCAUCCUGACUGAAGGUUCAGCAUUCACCAUUAUAAUGCUCCUUGGCAAUCUAAAUAGUUGUGCCAACCCAUGGAUUUACAUGUAUUUCUGCGGCCAGAUUCCACAUUGCACAAGUAAGCAGCUGGAGAAUACCUUGGCUCAAGAGGAAUCCAUGUUCACGGGGAGCAUUCAUCUCGCAGACAGAGACCCUGAGGAGAACAGUACCUCUGCAUAA